AUGUAUAUCUCGACCUUGACCCGGGAUUGUGCAACCAAUCUCCACCCUUCCGACGCAUAUCAUUUCCACAGAUCCGAGCCUCUAUGGGGUCUCAGCAGCGUCAUCCUCUUCGAUGAUGGUAACUCGCAGCUCCAACGGUGGUCGUCGAUUAUUGGAAUCGUUACGGCAAUCGUCGGGAAUAUCCUCAUUUCCUUUGCGCUAAACAUACAACGAUAUGCGCACAUACGGCUGCACAAAGAGCGGUUGCAGCAGAAGGAACUUGCAAGAAAUGCAGCAAAACGCGCUCAAAGUGGAUAUGGAGCCACCAAUGCAAAUGGAGGUCAGGAUACAGAGGACCAUGAGCGCUACCACGAGGGAAGUGACGAGGAUGAUCCUCUGCGGAAAUCUUUCCAUUCAACGAACUCGCAAUCCACGACCGACUCGAGCCAUCAUUCGGCGCAAGCUAAAACCUAUCUCAAGUCGCCAUAUUGGUGGGGAGGAAUCAUCUUGAUGACGAUCGGGGAGACAGGAAAUUUUCUAGCUUAUGGCUUUGCUCCGGCUUCAAUCGUAUCCCCCCUAGGUGUUGUCGCUUUGAUAUCGAACUGCGUCAUUGCGCCUAUAAUGCUGAAAGAGCGCUUUCGACUACGAGAUUUCUGGGGCGUCCUCGUUGCAGUUGCAGGCGCAGUUACGGUUGUGCUCAGUGCGAAACACCAGGAGAAGAAAUUUGGACCGCAUGAAGUUUGGGGUGCUAUUACAACCCUUGAAUUCGAAAUUUAUAUGGCUAUUACCGUAUCCAUGAUUGCCGUGUUGGUGUGGGCAAGCCCGAGGUACGGUAACAAAACCAUCCUCAUAGACCUGGGGCUUGUCGGGUUGUUCGGCGGAUACACUGCCCUAUCAACCAAAGGUGUUGCAUCCAUGCUUUCCUCAACGCUGUGGAGAGCCUUAACGACACCAGUCACAUAUGCACUGUUAGCUGUUCUAAUUGGCACAGCAGUAAUGCAGGUCCGCUACGUGAACAAAUCCCUGCAGCGAUUCGAUUCUACCCAGGUCAUUCCAGUUCAAUUUGUCAUGUUUACAUUAUCAGUUAUUAUUGGAAGCGCUGUUUUAUACAGAGACUUCGAGAAAACAACACCCCAGAGAGCGGUGAAAUUUUUUGGGGGGUGCCUCCUCACCUUUUUCGGUGUUUUCCUUAUCACUAGCGGUAGGCCGCCACAUGAUGACAUGGGCGAUGAGGAUCAGGAAGUGGAGGGAGAGGAAGAGAGAAUUGGGCUUGGAGACCAGGAGGCUGCUGGUGGGGAGACAGCACGUCCCCACACAGAUUACAGCUUCGAUCCCUGGCGGACUAGCAAGACGGUUGUUCGGAGUGAGGAUGGUACAUGUGAGGAUGCUGCUGGGCCGAGAAGAUCUUCUCGCGUGAGCUUCGCAGCACCUUCUUCGCGACCACGGACUCCCAGAAUGUAUUCGGAUUCCUCUCAGCAAUCUACCCGGGUGUCUUACUCUAUACCUCCGUCGGAAUCUAAUGAACCGGAACAGGCACCCCUCCUCAGGAAUCCUUGGGGAAGUUCAGCUGAAGACCUCCUGGAUGUGAGGCGACCUGGCAUGCCUAGCUCAUCCCAGUCGGCUAGGCCACUUCUGGAAGCGCAACCAACCUCAACGGAUGUACAGACUGACUCGACUUUAUUGGGAUCUCAUGCUCUACCACUUGCGGACCGACCAGUUACUCCAGUUGCAAGGCAUUCCAUAUCGCGGAUGAUACCAGGGCCUUUUAUUUCUCCACUUUCUGGAGGAUUGAGCGUGGUCGUUGCAGACACAUUACGGCGCAGUGUUGACGUAUCCCGCUCGAAGGGCAUGAAGCGAUCACAAUUAGCACUUCAGCGGUCAAAGUCUGGAUCGCAGCGACUAUCGUAUACAAGCAACGGGACCCAUGACGAAUUAGGCGAUUCGUCAUCGAAAUAUGGUGACGCCACAGAAGAUACUAGUAGAUCAUUUGGAAAUGAUGCUGGGAAUUGGUCACCUAUAACGAGGACUCGCAGUUUGAGUAAUACCUUGGGAGAUCUACUUCGGGGUAAGCGGUACAUAGCUAGCUCUCGAGACGAAGGGGGAAAUGAAGAGGCUGGUCCUAGUGGGUCGUAA